UUAUCGGCCGCUUCGGAAGGAAUGAGAUCGAGGAUAACUCGCGGUGAAUGGUGUCAAAUAAAAAUCUCGAUUUUGGCGAAUUUUUAUCUAUCAAAACAUUGAUUUUAUAUCAGGAUUAAGAGUCGAAGACUUGUCGACAAAAUAGUACUCAAACAUCAGGUAUCUUGCAAAAAAAAGAAGAAGAGCAAAGUCCAAAGAUGACCACAGCUAGAAAGGGUACAGCCAAGCUAAAUGAGCUUUUGGACAUUGAAAAACGUGUACAGGAGAAAUGGGUGAGAGAGAAGAUAUUUGAACUGGAUGCGCCUGCACCAGGGUCAGACGAGGCCAAGCAAGAGAAGUACAUGGUCACCUUUCCUUACCCAUACAUGAAUGGUCGUCUGCAUCUUGGCCACACGUUCACCAUAUCUAAAUGUGAAUUCGCAGUCGGUUUCCAGCGUAUGAAAGGAAAGAGGUGUUUGUUCCCAUUUGGUCUUCAUUGUACCGGUAUGCCAAUCAAGGCAUGUGCUGACAAGCUCAAGCGGGAGAUGGCAGAUUUUGGUUAUCCACCAGUGUUUCCAACUACGGAGGAAGGCGUCAUGGCCGUUGAGAAGGCAGAGGAGCCAAUCAUUAAGGAUAAAUCAAAGGGGAAGAAGAGUAAAGCCGCGGCCAAAGCGGGCAGCAGUAAGUACCAGUGGCAGAUCAUGCAGAGUCUGGGCUUGCCUGAUGAAGAGAUCAAGAAGUUUGCCGAUGCCUAUCACUGGUUUGGAUACUUCCCACAACACUGUGUUGGCGAUCUAAAGGCAAUGGGGCUCAAGGUUGACUGGAGAAGAACCUUCAUAACGACUGAUGUCAACAAAUACUACGAUUCCUUUGUACGCUGGCAGUUUUUCCAUCUGCGUGAAAGGGGAAAGAUCCAAUUUGGAAAAAGGUACACCAUCUUCUCGCCAUUGGAUGACCAGCCAUGCAUGGACCAUGACCGCAGCAGUGGGGAGGGUGUCGGCCCCCAGGAGUACACACUCAUCAAAAUGAAAGCUAUUGGACCAUUCCAUGGCAAGAUGAUGAAACUUGAAGGAAAGACCGUGUUUUUGAUCGCUGCCACGUUACGACCAGAGACAAUGUACGGACAGACUAACAGCUGGGUGAGGCCCGAUAUGAAGUACAUCGCAUUUGAAACAGUCAACGAUGGUGUUUUCAUUUGUUCAAGACGGGCAGCGCGGAAUCUGAGCUAUCAAGGAUUCACAAAGACAAAUGGCAAGGUGGAGGUCAUCAUGGAGGUCACAGGCCAGGAUAUCAUGGGUCUAGCAUUGAGUGCCCCCCUGACGUCCAACAAGGUCAUCUACACUCUGCCAAUGUUGACUAUCAAAGAGUCCAAGGGGACAGGGAUUGUCACGAGUGUUCCCUCAGAUUCUCCUGAUGACUUUGCGGCAUUGAGAGACCUGAAGAAGAAGCAGCCAUUCAGAGAAAAAUAUGGUCUCCGUGAUGAGAUGGUUUUACCAUUUGAUCCUAUCCCAAUCAUUGAUAUUCCUGAGCUCGGUAACCUUGCUGCGGUGAAGGUCGUGGAAGAUAUGAAGAUACAGAGUCAAAAUGACAAGGAAAAACUGGCUGAAGCCAAGAACGAGGUCUACUUGAAGGGAUUCUACAAUGGAGUGAUGUCUGUUGGCGAAUUCAAGGGGCAGCAGGUUCAGGAAGUCAAGAAGCUUGUACAGAAAAAAUUGGUUACCAGUAAAGACGCUGUUGUGUACAUGGAACCGGAAAACAUGGUGAUGUCCCGCUCAGGCGAUGAAUGCGUGGUUGCUCUGUGCGAUCAGUGGUACCUUGAUUAUGGUAAUGAAGAAUGGAAGAAUAAGACAAGAAGGGUGCUAGACCAGUUGGAAACGUACGGUGAGGACGUGAGGCGCAACUUUGCUGCUACGCUGGACUGGUUGCAGGAGCAUGCUUGCUCAAGGUCAUAUGGAUUAGGGACAAAGUUGCCUUGGGACAAGCAGUACCUGAUUGAGUCGCUGUCUGACUCGACUAUCUACAUGGCUUACUACACGGUCGCACACAUCCUACAAGCUGGCUCCUUCGACGGCAGUGCUGGAAGUCCUUUUGGAAUCAAGCCGGAGCAGAUGACACCAGAAGUGUGGGAUUACAUCUUCUUCAAGAAUGCCGCCUGCCCGAAAACAUCAAUCCCGAAAGGCACACUCGCUCGGAUGAAGCAGGAAUUCGAGUACUGGUACCCAGUUGACAUGAGGGUGUCUGGCAAAGACUUGGUACCUAACCACCUGACGUAUUUCCUCUACAACCACUGUGGCAUCUGGCCUGAAGACAAGAGCAAGUGGCCAAAGAGUGUUAGGGCCAAUGGUCAUCUUCUGUUGAAUGCGGAAAAAAUGUCAAAGUCGACUGGAAAUUUCUUGACAUUGUCAGAAGCUAUCGCCAAAUUUUCAGCUGACGGUAUGAGGUUUGCACUAGCAGCAGGAGGUGACACGGUAGAAGAUGCAAACUUCAUGGAAUCGAUGGCUGACGCUGGUCUGCUUCGUUUGUAUUCAUUCUACGAGUGGGUGAAAGAGAUGAUCGCAUUGAAAGAUCAGCUGCGUUCAGGACCAGCAGAUAGAUUUGUGGACAGAGUAUUUGCAAGUGAAAUUGCUCAUGGUGUGAAAAUGACAGAAGAGAUGUAUGACAAGUUGUUAUUCAAGGAAGCUACAAAGACUGGAUUCUUCGAAUUCCAGAUUGCCCGAGACAACUAUCGAGAACUUGCAAUGGAAGGCAUGCAUCGUGAUCUCGUGUUCAGGUUUAUCGAAGUGCAGACCUUGAUGUUAGCUCCAAUCUGUCCACAUCUGUGCGAGCACAUCUGGGAACUUCUCGGCAAGCAGGAGAGUAUCAUGCACGCGAAGUGGCCCAUUGCCGGCGAACCGAGUGAAAUCCUCCUCCAAUCAUCUGCAUACAUUCAAGACUCCUCCCACGAGUUCCGUCUGCGCAAGGCGAGGCUCACACAAGCCAAGGGCAAGAAAGGUGCAGAGCAGACAAAACCACCAACGCAUGCGACAAUCUGGGUCGCCAAGACUUAUCCACCGUGGCAGAGCACGAUUCUCACCACCAUGAAGAGCUAUUUCACAAAAGAUGGUGCUUUACCGGAUAACAAGGUUUUAUCAUCGGAUUUCCGCAAUUGCGCAGAUCUGAAGAAGUACAUGAAGAAGGUGAUGCCGUUCGUUCAGAUGGUGCGAGCCAAUCUGGAGAAGAAGGGUGUGAAGGCGUUGGAUACCACCAUGGAGUAUGAUGAGAAGAUGAUCCUUGAGGAGUGCAUGGAAUACUUGAGGUCGACAUUGAAUCUUGAAGGGCUUGAUGUGAAAUAUUCGGAUGAAGGAACUGACAAAAUUAAGGAAGAGUGUUGUCCAGGUCAGCCGUUUAUUGAGUUCAGAUCUGAGCCAUCAGUCUUGAUGAAGUUCAUCAACCCUCAGACUGCCACAGGUCAUUUUGAAAUGACCGUACCAAUCCUGGAGGGAGACACAUCAGUGAAGAUUGUCAAUAGGAUGCGUGGGACAGAUAGGCUCAUAAAAGAUGUGACGAAAGUGAGGUUGCUACACUACGAGGACCCUAUCACUGGCCCCCGUAAGGUGCCUGUGUUCAACCAACCAGAGGCCUACAAAGUGGUUGUAUCGGCGACAAGUACAUUUCACAUUAAUGUGGAGAAAAAUCUUGUGUGUGUUCAGUCGAAUGGAAGUAAAGUAGAUGUUGGAUAUCAAAUGGCUUACAUUGUGGAUCACUAAGAUGUUUAACCCAAUGCUUCAACAUAUUGUUUUAAUCCCUUUGUGGUACUUUGGUAGUAGAAGUGUGUAAACAAAUAGUAAUUUUCAUGAUUCCGACAAUUUUGAAAUUGAGGUAUGUGAAUAUCCGUGGUGGCAGAGGGUGACAUUUCAGAUACACCCUCCCAGUCAAGUAUUAGUAAACAUGUAGAUCUGCCAGUGUGCUGUUAUUUCCUUAUAUGAAACUCAUGAACUUGGCUGUGUAUGUUACAUUACAGCCAAGUGACCUAUCUUGUCCUGUCGUUUUGCAAUGGUGGCUGAUAUAUUGCCAUGCUAAGGGGAAAUGUGUAAAUAUAUCAUUUAUUCAAGCCUA